AGCUACUCGACCCUUUAACGCGGAAGUUAUUAUGUUGUGUAAACACACAUGUGGAUAGAAGUGAAUUUGUACAUGUGAGGAGCAAACCAUGGCUCAAACACAGGACGAUAUCAAGAAAACUUCUUCUAAAGACUUGUUGACCUGUGGCAACGGAAAAGGAAUCCAUGAGAAACUUCUGUUGAGCUCUAAAAAUGCUUCGCUCCAGACAGAAAGGGUCUCGAGAAGUAGUGUCUUGGACAGAUUGCAGAGUUUCCUUCCCCAGAUGGCCCAGGCCAAUGAGUCCCUGAGACAGCAGAUGGACGAGGCUCCCACUGGUUUAUUUGACAUUGAGUGUGUGGAGAACGCAGAGAAAGUCAUUGAGAUGGAUGUGGCUCUGGUUGAGCUGGAGGAAUCAGACAGCAGUGAAGAGGAUGAGUCGUCGUCAUCAUCAUCAUCAUCAUUAUCAGAGGAAGACAGCUCAGAUGAAGAGGUGCAAACUGUCACUGCAAAGACACUCAAACUUCCAGGUGACAGAAAGAGAAAGGCCAACAUACAGGUGCUGGAGAAAGAGGGCGAGUGAAGGAGCACAUACACCACUGGAACUCUGGGAAACUCAUGCCAGGCCAUUUCUGUGCCUAUGGAUGAAAUACAUGAUCGUUCCAAGUCUGUUUUUGUUUGGAAUGAGCACAGACCAGUGAUUUGAUGUCUUGUCAAGCUGGCGGACUCAUGCGAGGAACAUUUCAUGUAACUUUGGAGAUGUUUUCAUUUCAGUUGAAUAUACUUGAAAAAUGUAUUCUGCAUUAUCUAUACAAAGUAAAAGUUAAAGGAUUCGUUCACUUCAGAAUUAAAAUUUCCUGAUAAUUUACUCACCCCCAUGUGAUCCAAGAUGUUCAUGUCUUUCUUCAGUCGAAAACAAAUAAAGGUUUUUGAGGAAAACAUUCCAGGAUUUUUCUCCAUAUAGUGGACUUCAAUAGUUACCAACGGGUUGAAGGUCCAAAUUGCAGUUUCACUGCAGCUUCAAAGGGCUCUACAUGAUCCCAGACGAGGAAUAAGGGUCUUGUCUAGGGAAACAAUCAGUCAUUUUCUUUAAAAAAAUAAAAAUGUAUAUACAUUUUAGUGCUUUUUUAGUACUUCUGCCUGCAUCAGACCUUUCCAACGUGAUUACGUAAUGCGUGGUGAAGAGCAGUGCAAGACAUGAGCAUUUGUGGUUAAAAAGUAUAUACAUUUUUGUUUUUAGAAAAUGGCCGAUCGUUUCGCUAGAUAAGACCCUUAUUCCUCGUCUGGGAUCAUGUAGAGCCCUUUGAAGCUGCACUGAAACUGCAGUUUGGACCUUCAACCCGUUUGUAACUGUUGAAGUCCACUAUAUGGACAAAAGUCCUGGAAUGUUUUCCUCAAAAACCUUAAUUUGUUUUCGACUGAAGACAUAAACAUCUUGAAUGACAUGGGGGUGAGUAAAUUAUCAGGAAAUUUGAAUUCUGAAGUGAACAAAUCCUUUAAGUUUAAAUAAAGUAAAAAUAAUCUUAAAACCAAAGUUUUUGCAAUUUGCGUUCUUUAUUGUAAAAAUGGUUUCCCGACUCUCCUUAAAUUUUGUUUGUAGUUGAUAUAAAGUUGAAAUACUGUUGUUUAUGUUUGGCAGUAUGACACAUCUUGUUUGACUGACAGCUUAUACAGAAUCUGAAAUAUUCUAACAUCUGCACAUCAUAACAUUUCAUCUUUUGUCAAAUGCAUGUCAUUGGGUGAAGUGUUCACACAUAAGAAAAGCAUCAUGAUCACUUGGCAACAGAUAUUGUGUCAGAAAUAAUUCACAUUGUACUGAAUUCAAGAGUUUAAGUUACUAUUACAUAUUUUCCUAUCAAGCAUGUCUCAUAUUUUUGUACAAAAUAAAUAAAUUCCUUGCAAAGAGAA